AUGUCGUCCACAGUCACCUUGACCAGAAGCUCCAUCGAGCUACAAGCCCGAAACGACCACGAAGCAACUUCCAACGAGCCUGGUUGGCAGGCAAGCACUCAGCCCACCGAUCCUGACAAUGUCUUCGAAGCGUCACGAAUAGCCGACGCAGCGGUACCCGAUGGAGGUUACGGCUGGGUCAUUGUCACUGCAUCUUCAGUGGUUUGCUUCUGGUUCGUUGGGACCACAUACAGCUGGGGCGUGAUACAGACCGCGCUGUUCAACCAAAAGGUCGCAUCCGCUUCCACUCUCGCUUUCGUUGGUUCCCUCGCUAUUGCUUGCAAUGCAGCCUUCGCUAUACCAAACGGUCGACUAACCCGAGCGAUCGGUGGGCUGUUUGUCUGUGCUGGGCUGAUGAUGGGCUACGGCGUAAGCUGCUGCUACAUGGUCGUUUCAGUCUUGACUGCUCAGUACUUCAGUCGCCGUCGAGGCCUCGCGAACGGUCUAGUGUUUGCUGGAGGAGGUGUUGGAGGUGCCAUCAUAAGUCUGUCCAUGAGCGCAAUCAUUCAGAGACUGGGGAUCGGGUGGACAUUCCGGCUCAUUGGCCUUCUGAUGCUGAUCACAGGCCUUCCAGUUGCCUGGCUGCUGAAAGAACGCGCUCCGAUCAGAACUGCCGACUUCAUUGACUUCUCACUUUUCAAGGACUUCAAAUUUCUCAUGGUGUUCUUCAUUGGAGCCGUGGCUACUUUCCCACUCUGCGUGCCGCCCUUCUUCCUACCACUCUACGCGCAAUCACUCGGAUACUCGCCCUACACGGGCGCUGCUAUGGUCGCAGGCUUCAAUGGAGCUUCCGCUAUAGGGCGUAUUGUGACCGGAUUCACGUCUGACAAAGUCGGGGCGCUCAAUUCACUCUUUGGGACGCUCUUGUUGAGCGCCUUGAGUAUGCUCUGCAUAUGGCCGGUCUCUUCAUCGCUUGGACCACUCAUCGUCUUCGUUGUGCUCAAUGGCAUGGGAAACGGCGGAUUCUUCUCACUUUGGCUCGGAAUCCCCCAGUCUCCCAACUCCCACAUCCCUCCGAAGUUCUGGUUCAGGCUGACCAAUACCGGCGGUGAACAGGUGAUGCCUACGGUUGCGGCGAAGCUAUUUGGCAGUGUGCGGGUCUCGGUGGCCAUGGGGACGAUUGUGAGCUCGUGGACAGGCGGCUACUUGAUGGGCGCUCCUAUUGCUGGCUAUAUAUUGGAUGCAUACGGUGGGGCCAAGUCAGCCGGUUUCAAAGCAUACCGGCCAGCGAUUUUCUAUGCUGGCUCGUUGGCAAUGGCAUCUGCGCUGCUGACGUUAUUCUUGCGCCUCAAGAUGUCGAAAAAUCCACUUAAGGCCCUCUGA